GGUGAAUCUGCAUAGGUUUCCAUCAUACAGCUACAGGAAGAAUUAGCAAUCAGUCGAUGGGGAUUGUAUGGCCUAUGUCAUGCGUUCUUAAAAGACACAGUGACCUCAGGCUGGUCCCCGUACACGAUACUUUGUAUCAAAGGCUGUCUGUCUUUCUAUGCAACCAACAUCUUUGGAUAACGUUGAAUGACAAUUUAUAAGCACUUGUGAUAAAAGACAGCAGAAUUUCGUGCCCUCUAUCCAAUAUGAAGAGAGCUCAAUAGCCUCAGUCCAACUGAAGGCCUGACCGGCAACCCACCAUGUACCAACUGAUCGUCCUUUCUAUUGCUGUCUAUUGGAAGAUUGAUUUUUUCAGCUGAGAGAUGGUUGUGGGAAAUCGCGGCUGAAGCGGGGUCCUGCGGGGUACUUUUACGCAUACCGCCGUGUAGCAGAUGCUGUCGGGACAAAAUAUAUAAAGUGACACUCAGGUCAGAUAACUUUUAUUCUCGUCCCUAAUCUCUCCAUCCUGCCAAACUCUUCGAUUUUAUAACAUAGGAAUCACCUAUCGUGAAUCCUUCAGAAAAUCUCUUGUCCAAGAUGCCUGUCUCAGAGAUUACGUCAUACGCACAGUUCCAACAGCUUAUCAACGGUGAUAAACCUGUUGUAAUUGAUUUCUGGGCAACAUGGUGUGGACCUUGCAGAGUGAUCUCCCCUGUUUUUGAGAAGUUGUCAAACACCGGGAGCUUCGACAAUGUUUUGUUUUAUAAAGUUGAUGUCGAUCAACAAGAACAAGUUUCCCAGGAAGUUGGCAUUAGAGCAAUGCCAACCUUCGUGCUCUUUCGCGACGGUGUAAAAGUUGAGGAGCUGGUUGGAGCUGUUCCCCAAAAAUUGGAACAGCUUCUUUCACAUGCAGCUUCUCUCUAAAGCACAAGCAAGAUAGUCCGCAUUGCCUAUGUUGUUCCAUGAGGCCGGUUAGAGCGAGGAAGGGGGGGACAAGUGAUUGUAUCUAAUUCUAAAUGCUUUUUAAUCGGAUAUCCCGCUGAAACGGGCUGUAUGGCUUCGCUCUCCAUUACUAUUCGGCACCUUUGUUUAUAGAAAUUACUGCUGGCCUCAAAAUAUACAGACACUGGGCAGCGAUGCUGUCCUGCCGACCAUCUAACUGACGUUGGUUGGUUAUAAGAGCACAAGCCCCGGCCCUG